AUGAGCAAACAAUUUACCACCAUUAACGCCAAACCUCCACUCCAACACCAAAUGCACACUACUGAUCACCAUGUUGCUGAGCUGCACGUGGAUUCCAAUGACUCAAUCCAUCCAGCCAAUUUAAUUUGUUCACUCUCCAGACAAUUCUAUAACAACAACUGGUGUACGGGAACAGGAGGAGGUCUUUCCAUAAAGGAUCCUCAAUCACGUCUAACAUAUUUCACACCUUCAGGUGUUCAGAAGGAAUUAAUGACUCCUUCUGACCUAUAUGUAAGAAAUGAGGAUGGAGAAUAUGUUAACAAACCUCUUGUAUCCAAAAAUUAUAAACCUAGUGCAUGUACUCCAUUAUUUUCCAUCUGUUAUGAGGCAAAGAACGCCGGUGCUGUUAUUCAUACGCAUUCUCAAAAUGCAGUCAUUUGUUCUAUGAUUUUUGGUGAUGAGUUUCAAAUUUCUAAUAUUGAGCAGAUUAAAGCUAUCCCCAAUGGUGAAGUGGAUCCCAAUACGGGGAAAUUAAAGUAUUUACAAAAUUUUGAUACUUUAGUGAUACCAAUUAUUGAUAAUAUGCCUCACGAAGAUGAAUUACAGGAUAGUUUCCAUGAAAUUUUGAGGUCAUACCCAAAUACUGUCGCUAUUAUUGUCAGAAGACAUGGUAUAUUUGUCUGGGGUGAUUCCAUAGCAAAGGCCAAGAUUCAUAACGAGGCAAUUGAUUACUUGAUGGAAUUGGCCAUUAAGAUGCAUAAAUUGGGUAUUCCAUCUACCUGCCCCAUUGGAGACGAGAAGAAAUAUUUAAAGAAUUAG